CAGCGUUGCUAGUGUGUAUGUUUUGCGUUUAAGUUGUGUUUAGGUUUCUCGGUGAGUCUCAACACAUUCAUAAUAUUCCUAACUAAGUAUUUUGUCGCAGUGCUAAAAGUGAUUUAAAACCGCUGUUUGCUAACGUACAUAUCUAGCUGGAUUAGCUUGGCUCGUUCUUGGUGAACUGCGACAUGACUAGCAAAACGUAACCAAUACGUCCCUUUUAACAGAACAAAAUAAGGGAAUCAAAGACGUCGUUAUAGUGUAGUAAUGCCUGAGCUAGACGUGAAGCAUUCAGGCUCUGUGAGCCCGAGGAGACGCAGACACAGCCGCUCCAGCAGCCGAUCCCCGGACCGAGCACUGAAGAACCACAGACACAACCAUGAAGACGAGCACAAAUCACGACACGGCGACAAAGACCGCAGCAGAAACCGCUUCCGAAUGGCGUAUUCCCGCAGUCGCUCGAGGUCAAGGGAAAGGGACCGACAGACCUGGUCGGACAGAGAUCACGGAUUCUCCGAUUACUAUGAAAAAAGAGACGACGCUCAACGACAGAGACAAGAAGCCUUCAUCGCGAGGCGUCUGCAGGAACGAGAGAGAAUUGGUGAAAUCGGAUGUCCAGAGGUUUGGGGAUACUCUCCAAGAGUCAGAGAACCUGAUUCAGAUGAACACACUCCUGUAGAAGAGGACGUGAAGAACAGCAGCUCUGAUUCAAGUUCAGAGGAGGAAAAGAAGAAAAAGAAAAAGAAGAAAAAAAAGAAGUCCAAGAAGAGGAAAAACAGGAAGCAGUCAGAAGACAGCGAGUCAGAAAGUGAUUCUGAAGAAGAAAUGAAGAAGAAGAAAAAGAAGAAGAAAAAUAAAAAAAAGAAGUCAAAGAAGAAGAAGGCCAAGAAGAAUCAGAAAGAGUCCAGUAGCUCUAGCAGCGAACAUUCAGAGGAGGAAGAAGAGGACGCCAAUGAAAUCUCCUGGGUGGAGAAAACUUGUGUUGGAGAACAUGUGGUUGGUCCUGACGCCCCGCUCACUCACCUGUCCCAAGAUGAUAAACCUUUAGAUUUUGGCCACGCUUUACUGCCAGGUGAAGGUGCCGCCAUGGCAGAGUUCGUCAAAGCAGGAAAACGUAUCCCAAGAAGAGGAGAAAUCGGCUUGACCAGUAAUGAGAUCGCGGAGUUUGAGAAGUCUGGCUAUGUCAUGAGUGGAAGCAGACAUCGGCGUAUGGAGGCUGUGCGUCUGAGAAAGGAAAACCAGAUCUACAGUGCUGAUGAGAAGAGAGCGCUUGCGUCCUUUAACCAGGAGGAAAGGAGGAAGAGGGAGAGCAAAAUCCUCUCCAGCUUCAGGGAAAUGGUUUACCGAAAAACCAAAGGCAAAGACGAGAAGUAGGCAGUCCUGUAGAAGUCAGUUUUCAGUCUGUUUGUCCUUGUUUUUCUUUUUUAAAAAGAAGACGAUGCAAAAGUUGAAUAAGACACAGAUUUUACUUUAGAGUGUUUAAAUGUAUAAUACACAGCGAGAGGCCUCAACUGAUGUGUACAUUUUAAAAUCAGAAAUAACAAACUGUGAUUAGUAGAACUCAAUUCAGAAAUCACUGCAAUACAAUUCCUGUAAUGCGUGUUUUGCGUUAAAUAAAUGGAUGCGUCACGUGACCCACUGUAAAUAUGG